GGCGAGCCGUCGCGCCCAGGGACUCGUCUAUAUAAAUACGAGGCGUUUCUCUGCAACUCAAAUAAAGUUCCACAUCCGCAACUCGUUAAUUCUCUCUUUCUUCAACUCCAACCCAACACAAUGGCUGGUCGCGGCAAGGGCAAGACCUCGGGCAAGAAGGCCGUGAGCCGCAGCGCCAAGGCCGGCCUGCAGUUCCCUGUGGGCCGCAUUGCGCGCUACCUGAAGAAGGGCAAGUACGCCGAGCGCAUCGGUGCCGGCGCGCCCGUGUACCUGGCCGCCGUGCUGGAGUACCUGACCGCAGAGGUGCUGGAGCUGGCCGGCAACGCCGCCCGCGACAACAAGAAGAACCGCAUCGUGCCCCGCCACAUCCAGCUGGCCAUUCGCAACGAUGAGGAGCUGGGUAAGCUGCUGGGCGAGGUGACCAUCGCCUCGGGCGGUGUGCUGCCCAACAUCCACGCCGUGCUGCUGCCCAAGAAGACCAAGGGCGGCAAGGCCGAGGACGGCUCUGCCGCUGUGUAAGCGGGCUCAUGCUUCGCUGCACGCGUGUAGCUACAGCUGUCACGCUGCUUCCCUCAAACUCGGUGUUUAUCAACACCACCAUUCACGUGUCACUUCGCGUGUUCAGGGUUUGGGUAACGGGUGUCAAAGGCGCUCUGGGGACCGCCCACUUGCAGGGUUGGAUGGGCGUAGGUACCAAUUCGUUCUUCACACGUAUGGGUGGGCGGGGGCUGGGCACAGAGUGUAGGUUGGUUCAGGGCGGAGACGUGUCAGAAGCUUUGUUACCCCUUCCCC